UAAGCUAAUUCCACCCGACAUACACACACACAGCUUAAUUAAAGUAGCUAAUCACUUUUGCGUGGGGUCGCCGUCGGUGUAAUAAGCUGAUAGAUAGCUAGCAGAGCGAAAUGGCGGGUGCCGGAUUGGAAUUGGCGGCGAUGCUCGUGGAGGAGCUACGGCGGGGGAGAGAGUGGGCAGUCCAGCUGCAAGGCGGCAGCCGCGGCGGCAAGAUUAAUAUUAAUAAUAAUGAUGAUGAAGAAUUAUUAUUCUCAUACCCACAACUGCAGCCACUGCUCCAGAAGAUAAUCUCUUCCCUUGAAAAAUCCAUCACACUUCUCAAUUCCAACUUCAACCUUCCCAUUCUUCAUCAUCAUCAUCAUCAAGAGAAAGACACUAUUGCCCCUCUCCCUCCUCCUCCCAUCCCCAACAACAACAACAACAACAACAACAACAACAACAACAGUUCUAGUCCUCUUCUUUUGACGACUUCAAGUUCAACUCCACCUACUCUUGAAGUCUCAUAUGAGGGCGAUUCUCCAAAGCCCGGGGGCGGCGUCUUCAAGAAAAGAAAAACUUCGGGGAGCCAACAAGUUCGGGUUUGCUCGGCAACGGGAUUGGGAGGCGGGCUUGAUGAUGGGCAUAGUUGGAGAAAGUACGGCCAGAAAGAUAUUCUAGGGGCCAACCAUCCUAGGGCAUAUUACAGGUGCACACAUCGAUACAUGCAGGGCUGCAUGGCUAAAAAGCACAUUCAAAGGUCCGAUGCAGACCCUUCCAUUUUCGAGGUCACUUACAAGGGAACCCACACCUGCUGCACUUCUUCUCCUUCUUCUUCUUCUUCAAUCUCUGCCGAAUGCCGGAGCCCAAACGGUGGCGCCCAACAACUUCUUCAUCAGCUGCAGAAACAGGAUGAAAAACAGCAACAUGGCUUGCUGCUGCUGGUAAACGACCAUGGACCCACUGAAACUGACCUUGAUGAUGGGAACAUUGCAAGUAGUGGUGAUGAUAUCUUCCCCACCUUUGUCUCUCCAGCAUCGUCGGACAACGACACUUUCAUGAACUUGCCCUUUUUGUUUGAUCAGAACGACGACGACUACUGUUUUGAUGAACUGACCCAGUUCACGGGCAGGUCCGAAUCUGAUUCUUCCACCAACUCCCCUUUCGUGGAUUGGCAUUUGCCCGCCGCAGCAGCAGCAGCAGCUGAUGAUGAUCAUCAAGUACUGAAUCUUGAUGCAAUUGACAUCUGGGAGUACUUCUCCUAGCUGAUGCAUCCAUCUGAAUAUGCUAAUUGAUAUAUAAGCAGUAAUGAAUUAAAUUAAAGCUAGAGAGGAUCAAAUAAGGGCAGAUUAGGGGCUCAUCAUUUUCAUUGUGCUGUCUCCUUAAUUAAAUUCUUUAUAUUGUUUUGCUUCUGUAAGUUGUUAGUUUGUUAAGGAUUAUAAUGUAAUGGCACCUUUUUUCAAAAGUAAUCAUUUAAGACUUCCAAUGUGUGUGUGUUUGCAACAUUUACUAAUAGAAAGAAAAGUAUGGAUAGAUU